UUUCGUCCCGUGAUGGGGAGAAGAAUCACAUGGAGCCACGGUGCUGUCAUCCUGCUGGGCGUCAUCGUGGCCUCGUGUCGGGCCGUCACUCUGGACUCCAUCCUCUGGGGCAGCGCCAACACAAACUUUACUCCAGGCCGAGGUCUAGUCCUCUACCCUCAAAUUGGGGACAAGAUGGACAUCGUCUGUCCACGGGCGGACGCCUCCAAGGGGGAAAGAGAGGAGUUCUACCGAGUGUACCUGGUCUCCCGGAGUCAGAUGGAGAGCUGCACCAUAGACAAGAAGGACACGCCGCUGCUGAACUGCGAUAAGCCGCACCGAGAUGUCAAGUUUACGUUCAAGUUCCAGGAGUUCAGCCCCAACCUGUGGGGACUGGAGUUCCUCAAGGGGAAGGAUUACUACAUCACUUCCACAUCUACAGGAGCUCUGCAAAGUCUGGAUAACACUAGCGGAGGCGUGUGCAGGACGAAAUCCAUGAAGCUGGUGCUGAGAGUCGGGCAGAGUUCCUCAGAUCCUCGAUCAAAACUUCAGGAGUCCCCGACCAGAUUUUCCCCUACACAACCAAAACUGAAAGGAAAGGAUGCAGCUAAGGAAAAUGAUCGCAAGAAUACAACUGACGCAGGCUCAGAAGCAGGGCAGCUCAACCCCGGUGGCAGUGGUGGCUCACAGCCAGGACUGUUGAUAUGGGUUGUCUCGGCCUGUGUGAUCCUCCUCCUCCUCCUCCUCCUCGUCAUCCCGUCGGCCGUGCUGUGGAAGUGCCGUCGCUGUGGCCCAGAUCGGCAGCGGUCUGCGUCUGUGUCCCUCAACACUUUAGCUGUGCCAAAGCGGGACAGCAUCAGCAGCGACAACAUGGGCUCGGACCGCAGCGAGAUCGUCUUUCCCCCGCAGGCCUCUGACAGCAGGCCCUGCCGACAUUUUGAGCGUGUGAGUGGCGAAUAUGGACCCCCUGUGUACAUCGUUAAGGAGAUAACGCCCCAGACGCCCACUAACAUUUACUAUAAAGUCUAA